AUGGAUCCUUCAACACCUCGCAUUGCAAUGCAACCCAUUCGUCCGCUACCUCCAAUGUUACCAGCACAGACUCCCGAUUAUCAGUCUCCAACAUCCCAAGUCGAAUCUCCUUCUACUCUUCCUCCACCACCUCCACAGCAACUACAACAACCACAACAACCAUCCUCGUCACCCAACAAGAGCCGACCUACUAAGCGACAAAAGGUCUCACUCGCUUGUCAAGAAUGCCGUGAUAGGAAGAUCAAAUGUGAUGGUGCUCGUCCAACUUGUGGUCCAUGCCUCAAAAAGAAAAAGCCUGAAGGGACUUGUGUAUAUGAGCCUGAACGUGCAAGACGAGGUGUCAAAAGCCAGUAUGUUCAAUUACUAGAGAACAAGGUUCGAGAAUUGGAAAAUGCAAUGAGACAAGAUAAGGGUGGAUCUCUUUCGGUUGAGAAGAAUCCUAGUCUCUCCAUCAACAAUUUGACGUCUCCAAGCAACCCACCAACCCCGCUACCACCCACGCCCACACAACAUGAGCAGCAAACAUCAUCAAUGCCACCUGAUUCUACUUCACAUCAGGAUAUCUUACUUGAUGGCAGCAUCACACUUCAUCCAGCAACCUCCUUGCCCAAUGAUUUGAAUCCUACUAUACGCAAUAGUGCACCAGAAAGUAAUGUCCGUGGCAGCUAUACAAGCGAACAAUGGAAUUCACCAUCAGUGACAGCACCUUCACCACCACAAUCACAAUCUUUAUUACGAGAUACACCUGAAGUGGAUGCAAUGGGUGCCUUCACAGGCUCUUUUGAAAGAAGCGACAAUAAUGAUGGAGAUGGGAAUCGACAAGGAUACUUCGGCUCAUCAAGUGCAAUGAGCUUCAUGCGACAAGUACGUGAAGUGAUUGAUAAAAAGACGACAUCCUCGCCUGACGAUCAUCAUGAACAACAUCGACGACAUUCCAGGCAGUAUUCAUUAAGCUCCAAAUCAUCUCGCAAUACAUCUUCAGCCGAUGGCGCCGGGAAUCAUGCACCUGCAAGAAGCUAUUCUAUAUGUCACGAUUACGUUUUGCCACCACGUAAAGUCGCCGACAGCUUGGUCAAGAGCUAUUGGACAUACGUUCAUACGCUUUAUCCCUUUUUACAUAAGCCGUCAUUCAUGAGAACGUAUUCAAGGCUGUGGGAAUGUUCCGAAGAUGGUGUAUCCGAUCGAGACACUGGCUUUGAAUAUGAAUCGGAAUCGGAUCCACUAUUUCAAUGUAUUCUCAACCUUGUAUUUGCAUUGGGAUGUCAACUCUCUCCUGAAAUCGGUGAAACGGAACGUGAAUCUUCAGCUGAUGUAUUCUUUCAACGAUCCAAGAAAUUGCUUCAUUUUGACAUCCUGGACGAAGGAAACAUGAAGGUUGUUCAAGCACUAUUACUCAUGGGUCAAUACCUUCAAUGCACAAAGAUGCCAGCACGAUGUUGGAUUGUGGUGGGACUAGCAACACGUGUUGCUCAAGGAUUGGGGUUACACCGAGACCUGCAUGAAUGCGAUCGUGGAACGAGUCGAGGUCAUUCACAACAACUUGAAUCACAAAUGCGAAAGCGUCUUUGGGGUGGAUGCAUCGUUCUUGAUAGAGUCAUCUCCAUGGCUUAUGGACGACCUUUCAUGAUACCAGUUACCCAAGAUCUCAACCUUCCUCAAGUGAUCGAUGAUGAACUUCUCACUUCUUAUCCGGAUACGCCAGCCGAACAGCCUCACGACAAGCCGAGCCACAUGUCCUUUUUUGUACAUACGUUGGAACUAUAUGAGAUCAUGGGUGAAAUCUUGACAACAUUGUACUCAAAUAGUACAAAACGCUCUUCAGGAGAAGGAAGUGCUUCUGAUCGAGCAGCUAAUCUGAAUGGUGUGAUAAAGUUUGAAAUGGCAUUACAAUCAUGGGAGCGGGCUCUUCCAUGGUUUCUUCGAUUAAGGACCUAUACCAAGGAUGCGAUCUACGGCUCACUAAACCCUGACAUCAUACAUGACCGCAUUUUGAUACGACAAAACAACGUAUUACGAGCAAGAUAUCUACACACAUGCAUCUUGCUGUAUCGGCCUGUAUUUGCAUACUUUUUUGCAUCCGAAGAAUCGAAUCAUUCGGGAGAUGAUAGUGGCUUGCAAAAGUCGCUCUUUUUGCAAAGUUCAACAACGUGUGUCAAUGCAGCUCAAGAACUCGUUGAUGUGAUCCAUCGUAACAUACGCGAACUAUUACCAGCAUGGUGGUACAACAUGUUUUAUCUGUACACCUCAGCUACAGUGCUGUUGAUGGCAAGGUUGUUCCCCACAAUCAAGCAAGCGAUUGGUGAAGAUCACCUAAUCAAAAGCUGGACAAGAUGUCUCGAGUGCCUUUCCCAAUAUCAAUCAUACAGCGGAUCAGCGCAAUGCUGCUAUCAAUCUUUAAGUGAAUUGGACAAGAUGGCUUUUCAGAGCCCUGAUGAUGAUCAAGCCAACAAGGGGAUGUCAAGUAUUCAAAUACUGGGAACCUUGCCUGGAAACAUCACCACAACAACUGAAUCUAAUGACACCAUACGACGUGAAAAUGAGUUGACAAUCAAUCAAUCUGAUCCUGCAACGGUAACACAAGAACAAACCAAUGGCUGGGACUUUGGAUUGCAAGACAUGUCUUGGCUUGGGCGUUUACCUGUUUACACUGAUCUCGAGCCUGGAUUGCAGUUUAAUCAAUGGAUGGGUCGGUUCUGCACAGAUGUAAAUAACUUAUUUUAG